AUGGCACCAAGACGCGGCGGCGGUGGCGGCGGCGGGUACAGCUCGUUUUCCUGUCCAGACGCAUACUCUACACCCUAUCGCCAAGCAGCUCUCGCAUAUUAUGUGCUGUUCAUGGUCCUAUUUAUUGGAAUCUUCGUCUCGGUAUUCUUCGUUCGCAGAAGAAGCGGUGUCGGAAAGAAGGUGAUCGGAGUACCCUUUGUCAUCGCAGUAUUCCUCGAAGUUGUCUCGCGCAUUAUGUCUCUCGUAAGCGAUGUGAUGUACGAGUGUAGUGAUUUGAACGUGGUUGAUUAUUUCAAUGUAAUAGUUGCCUCAAGAGUCAUGUCCAGCUUGGCCGAUUGGGCGCUACUAUUGGUGUUCGUCUACGUUCUGAACUCCAUGCUGCUCAAGCAACUUGGGACAUCGUCAUCAUCCGGAACCAAGACUGUACUUCGGAUCGUCAUUGGGGUCAUGCUCGCAGUCAUCAUCGCGAACAUGGCUCUAGACAGCUACGUCACAGUGAGUGACUCAUACCUGGGCACCGAAAUCGCUCUGGAGGCAACCAUCUCACAAGGCCUCGAACUUGCCUGUGAUAUCUUGUGGAUGAUUAGCGUCAUCAUCGCGGCGGCUGUCUCGCUGUCGAACAUUUCCGCAUUAAGGUCGAGACGUCUACCCGGAGGUGACCUCAAGGGGUGGACCACCGCCCUUUACGUCGCCCUAUUCAUUCAAGCUACAUUAGGAAUUGUCUUCAGCUCCUACUAUUUCUGGCCUAUCAUACUUGGCAACAACAUAUUCCUUGCCUUAUCUUUUAUUUCCGGCUUGGCUCGAGUUCUGGUUUUCGUAAUCCUGUUGUGCAUUGGCAAACACAACUCGUGGAACCAGACAGUUGAGAAGCCAGAGCAGUUGUAUGCGCCUGUUAUGCAACAACGUACAACAUACGGCUAUGGCAACGGACAACAGGAUUACUAUCAGCAAACACCCGAACUUGUACACACUAGGUGA